AUGAAAAUUACUGCUAAUGAAGAAAGAUCGCCAAAAGCUGAUGCGGAUGACCCUGAUAAUCCAGAUGACCCUGAUGAUCCAGACGACCCUGAUGAUCCAGAUGACCCUGAUGAUCCGGAUGAUCCAGAUGACCCUGAUGAUCCAGAUGAUCCAGAUGACCCUGAUGAUCCAGACGAUCCAGAUGACCCUGAUGAUCCAGAUGAUCCAGACGAUCCAGAUGACCCUGAUGAUCCAGACGAUCCGGAUGAUCCAGAUGACCCUGAUGAUCCAGACGAUCCUGAUGAUCCAGAUGACCCUGAUGAUCCAGACGAUCCGGAUGAUCCAGAUGACCCUGAUGAUCCAGACGAUCCUGAUGAUCCAGAUGACCCUGAUGAUCCAGACGAUCCGGAUGAUCCAGAUGACCCUGAUGAUCCGGAUGAUCCAGAUGACCCUGAUGAUCCGGAUGAUCCUGAUGACCCUGAUGAUCCGGACGAUCCGGAUGAUCCAGAUGACCCUGAUGAUCCAGACGAUCCGGAUGAUCCAGAUGACCCUGAUGAUCCAGACGAUCCUGACGAUCCAGAUGACCCUGAUGAUCCAGAUGACCCUGAUGAUCCAGAUGACCCUGAUGAUCCAGACGAUCCGGAUGAACCAGAUGAACCUGAUGAGCCGGACGGGUCUGGAGUACCAUGCUGUAAUCUUCCAUUCGAGUCUCUUCCUGAUUUGAUCAAAUAUCUUUAUCCACAGUAUUCGCGGUGUGUCGACGCCUACUUUACUGAAUAA